UUGUAUGUUAUUGGUUCUUUAAAUUUCACAGUUAUCUGUUUAUUUUCAGGGGGUCAGUGACCACGUCAGAAUGAAUGAUUGGAGGUGAAACAAGCAAGAAACUGGCUUGACAUUGCCUACUAGAUAGACGAAUAUGGCGGAAGAUAAAAAGAAAGAUGGCGGCGCUCUGUUGGCGAAGAAGAAGAAAGUGAAGCCGCGCAAGUCGAGGGACGCGGACUGCUGCAGUGUGAAUUUCCUGAAAUGCGUCCUACAUAUAUUUAACGUCGUUUUUCUAUUUGCAGGCAUUGGCGUUCUUGCAGUCGGUGCUUGGACUGUGACGUCGCGGCACAGAUUCGUGUCUUUGCUGCCUACCCCCACAUACCCAGCCAUUGCGUACUUGCUAGUGCUGGCGGGAGCUCUCGGUGUGCCUAUGUCAGCACUGGGCUGUUGUGGACUAAAGACUGAAAACAGAACCAGCUUAUUAUGUUACACAUAUUUCCUGCUGAUCACAUUCAUACUGGAGGCGGGCGCGGGCGGGCUGGCGUACUACUACGAGGUGGCGGUGGAGCACGAGCUGCGAGCCGAGCUCAACAACACGUUUCUCGCCAACUACGCGCUCGACACCGACCUCACGGACGCCGUGGAUCGCAUGCAGACUGAAUUCAAAUGCUGCGGCGCGGUGCGGUUCGAGGACUGGCGCCGCAGCGCGUGGCACGAGCACGACCCGCGGCUGCUCGUGCCCGACUCGUGCUGCAGGAGCCCCGCCUCGCGCUGCGGCGCCAGGGACCACCCCUCCAACAUCUACUACACUGGCUGUAUACGCCAAUUCACCAACCACAUCCGGGACCACCUGAUAAUCCUGGCGGCCGUGGGGGUCGGCAUGUCGGUCAUCCCCAUCUUCGGCUUUCUGUUCUCGUGCGUGUUGUAUGUCAAAAUCAAACACGUCAUCGACUGACCACGGCCUAAGCCCUCCGCCACUAAGAACCGAAAAGUGUUCGAUAAGUCCGCCUCGGCGGGGGACCUCACAAAGUUCAAUCCCGGACGCAGUUCGCAACGUGGGCCUAAAUUCGAAAGUUCUAGAACCAAACGGAACGUCAAGCGGCCGCCAUGUCCGCUGCACCACGCCGCUGAAAAAAGCGGCCCACCCAUAUCUACAAUCAGCGAUAACGUCAGCAUAUAAAAUAUUCCAAAUUCAAAUUAAGCGAAAAGACUUUAUUUUUUUUACAACUUAGAGUGCGCUGGGGAUUGGCACCUAUUUUCUCUUCUAAAUGUCUUCAAUUCCUAAUUCAAACAGAUCGUCAUCUGCUCUUUCAUUCUACAUAGCCAUGUUAUAACUGUUUAAAAUAUAGACCUUACUAAACUAAACCAAUUGGUGAUAAAGAUCUCUCUAAAACUAACAAAAGAAUCUCAGCGUAAACAAAUAAUAAUUUACUUUAAUGUGUUCAUCUGAUGUUACAUAAUGAUAUAGAAUUUAAAUGAUGUUCAUGUUUAGCUCGUAGCAUUUUAGGUAGAGAACAAGAUCGAAUUUAUGUCAAAGUGUAUCUAUGUCAUACAUUGAAAAGUAAUACAUAAUUAUGUUAAAAACAACCAUAGAGGUGGUAACAAUUCAUGUAAAUUAUUAAUAGCUAUAUGCGCCGAGCGUUAGCAGUGUUGAUUUUAUCUCCUUGACAACGACGAUGCACAAAGGUUUUUUGUAAGAAGGUCGCCUACAGCAUCUAGCAAUGAAAAAUACUGUAAUAAUGUUCGCGCGCUCUACUUAGCCAUAUACUACCUCUAUGGUAAACUAUUAGAGGUUAAGAUGGUGCUACUAUAGAAACCUUAGGCCGUUGUGUACUUAAUGUUGUAGAUAAAUAAAUAAAAAUACCUAGACGUGCAUGAAUUAAACAACUUUCUGAUAAAUCAGUUACUAAAGAAAUCCUGUCGUGUAACUUCUCCCAAUGAAUACUAAGCGAGCGAGAGAUCCAUAGUUACGUUAAGAGUAAAACACAAUCCAAAUUUUAAACUAAUUUACAUUUUUCACCCGCAUUUUUUUUCUAAAUCAGUUUUUAUUUUUAAUGCAUAAUAAUUUAUGUACAGUCUACCGCAUCAAGUUACCCUGCAUGAAACUAUAUGACGCGGUAAUAAAGGCAAAUUUGCGUAGGUUAAUAUGCUGUUAGCCGUACACACCCAAUCCCUUGUCAUUUUAUUUACACAAGAAAAAUUUAAAUCAGAAAUCGAUUGAUAAUAUUCGAUUCGUUUACAUGCAAUAAUAAUUAAAACAAUCCAAAUCACUAUAGUUAAACUAGUUAGGUAAAUAUGCAAUUUAAAUAUGUGUAAAGUCUUAUCUUCGUUAAUAAUUAUUUUGCUAGACGAAUUAUCAGUAAUACAUGUUUAAUAAACUACACCUAAGCUGCAUGUGCCUUAUUAAUAAUUAAGAUUGUAGUUAAAAUUUAAUAAGUAUGUCUAAUAGAAAGGGUUCCAUACUUUUAAUUCUGUAAAACAUCUAGAAACAUCCAGGUAAGUUUGUUUUUGACAUCACAUAAAAAGUUCAUAACACCAACUAAGGCAGGCUGUCAGACGUGAGACAAUCAGGUUCUUAGUGAUCAAUAGGUCACUGUGGAAAUGUUUUAUUGUAAUUAUAUAACAUUAAAAUUAUGUUUAUUUUUAGCACGCUUCGCGCAAAUUCGCGAUCAUUCUGUUGUGUACCCAAUUUAUAAUAUGUUGACCCUUUAAGAUCAAACUAUAUAUAACUAAAUAUUAUUAUAUCUUAUUACAAACGAUUCGUAGAGAGAUUUUAUAUUACCAAGUCAAAUUACAUAUUCAGUUCCUUAAAUCCAAAGUGCAGAGUUUGAUAUCAGUGAACAGUUAUAUUGUUUGCUGUAUCAAUUGAUAUUGUUUUUCUUUAUUUUACUUACAAGCUAAAAUACAUCGGGCCAUUGAGUUUAGCCUAUUUAUAAAAUAUUAUGUGAAUAAUGAAUUCAUAAAAAAUUGUUUAAGUAAAAUGUUAAUAGUUUCGCUCAAUUUGGAUGAAUGAACUUUUAUGCCUUGGUUGAGACCAAUUGAGUUUCGAAUCAAAAACUUAAUUAAAAGUAUGAGACGCCCUUUCUAACGUCUAAUUUAUAAUACUAAAUGUGAUUAAGUUAUUUUUUGUAUCGUACUACAAACCAAAAAAAGUCUAAUCAUUACAUAGUUAGUUAUAAAAAAAAAUAUUCUUAAUUUAUUUUAAUAAUAUCAUGUUACGCCCUCUUUUUAUCUUAUAAUUUAAUUUUGAUAUCCCGUAAAACUAGAAUAAAUCGAGGGAAAAAUUUGAGAGAUUUGUGUGUUCUCGAGAUGCACAAACUUUUAAGACUUUUAAAACCAUAUACCUAAGUAUGUGCUCAGGGCUGAAGUUUAAAAUUAUUUUGCACACAUUAUUUCUCGAAUUUUCUGUGAUUUGUAUUUAAAUCUAUGUACACCUCUCGUUGAUAUUUUUCGUUAUAUUUAUAGCCUUCUUGUUAAUGAAUACAAUU